GUUCCUUGUGAAGUUGAGGAACGGUGAUCCCUGAUGUGGUGUCUCCUGCAGAGGAUUCCGCCGGACACGAGGGGACAUGGGCAACAGCCGAAGCCAGUCGGGGCCGGGCCCCCGCUCACACUUUCUUCCCGAGGAGCAGGCCGAAAUCGAUAGGUUGUUCGAGGCUCUGUCUUCGGAGAAGCCGCGCCCGAGUACCUGUCCCAGGUCCUUCUCUCUGGAGGCACUGAAGAGCCACAUAGGGGAAGCCCUUCCGCUGGAGAUGGUCACGAGACUGUAUGACGGCAUGCGGAGACUCGACCUGCCGGGGAAGGCAAAGGCGCCCAGCGAGGGCGUCUCCCAGGAGCAGCUCUCGGUGUUCAUGUCGCACUUGCUAAAGGGAAGCUCCGAGGAGAAGAGUCUCGUGAUCGUGAACAUGAUUUCUGCCACAGAAGGUCCUGUGAAAGCAAGAGAAGUCCAGAAGUUCACAGAGGAUCUGGUUGGCUCCGUGGCGCACGUGCUGAGCUACAGGCAGGAGCUGAGAGGCUGGGCCCAGAAGAGAGGCCCGGGCCCCCCGCCCAGCGUGCAGGUGCUGGCUGCCCAGCUGUUCUCCGAGAUGGGACUCCAAGUUUCAGGGGAUGACACGUGCUUCCUGUUCUCCAUCUCCCCGCGCAUGGCCGUCUACACGUCCACGGGCUACAACGACCACUACAUGUACCUGAACCACGGGCAGCAGACCAUCCCGAACGGCCUGGGCAUGGGGGGCCAGCACAAUUACUUUGGGCUGUGGAUUGACGUCGAUUUCGGGAAAGGACACAGCAAGGCCAAGCCCAGGUGCACCACGUACAACAGCCCUCAGCUGUCCGCCCAGGAGGACUUCCGCUUUGAGAAGCUGGAGGUGUGGGCGGUGGGCGAUGCCCCGGGCCCGCAGCAGGCCAAGAGCACCAAGAGCGUCCUGGACGUGGACCCCGAGGCGCAGGCCCUGCUGGAGAUCAGUGGGCACACUCGCCACAGCCAAGGGCUCCGUGAACCCCCGGAGGAUGAGUGAGGGGGGCCCCGGGCUGGAUCCUGACCCCCCCCCGGACGGAGGAGAGCCUGCAGACCCCUCCCCAUACCGCACGUGUUUGACUUCAACACGGAGCCGUGCUGGUCACUUCCGGGACCACUGUAAUUGGAAGACAGUAAAAUUCUUUGAUGCUCUAUA